AUGGGCACCGUCGAGGAAACUCCUCCGAAUUAUGGAUCUGAAAUUAUUGGCUAUGUCGAGCCUUGGAUUGGCGAUCCCGGACAGUCACUUGCCGUCAAGGUUUCAUCCACCGAGUUAGAGUAUUCGUAUCGAGUGGUGCGCGUAAUACAAGGGGUAGACAUUGCACAUUCCCCUCGAAAGCGGCUGGAAGACAUCGCCGAAAUCCCUUGUGGGACGAUCAAAUCCGGUCGCUAUCAACGAGCAAGACCAGGCUCGUACGCGGAGAUCAAGGAUGUGACUCUUCCUUCAGAUCAAGGCGGCCUUGUUGUUUCCAUGUAUUUUCAGGCCCAUCUCCCGCAGGCAGAGCAUGUGCAGACAAUUGUGUCAAACCUAAAUCCUGACGAGAAGGUUGGAUUUGCAGUGGUGAUCAGUGUCCAAGGUACCGUCGAGGUCUGGAUCGGAACCGGGACAUCUGUGGAAACUAUCAACACCUCCUUUACUGUCCUACGCCAGCGAUGGAUCCAGCUUGAACUCUGCGUUACUGAGAUUGAAGGUGCCAUCACUCUUAAACAGCUAUCUUACAUUGCCGAAAAGACCCCAAUAGGUUUUCAGGAUGUAUUCACCUUCAGCAGUGCUGCCAUUCCCGCUUCGCCAACUGAUCUGCUCUUAGGCGCAGCAUACGCGGAGGGUCCUAAGUGUCUGUUCUCUCGACCCACCAACUUCUUCAACGGCCGUAUUGACGGCUUCUCUAUUACCUUGGAGGGGAACCCAGCCAAAGUUAUUGCCAAAUAUGACUUUUCCGCGAAUAUUCCAGAGGACACGAUUCUCGACUUUUCGGGCAAUGAGUACCAUGGCUCGCUGGUCAACGCUCCAACCCGAGCAGUCACAGGUUAUGAUUGGAAUGGAAGCGAGGUGGACUGGACGCGCGCAAGGUCCGGAUAUGGAGCGAUUCACUUUCACGAAGACGACCUUGACGAUGCUCGUUGGGAGACGGACUUUCACAUUAACUUACCAGCUAUGGCUCGAUCCGGCGUGUAUGCGGUGGAAUUGAUAUCAUCGAACGGAAAAGCUACAGAUCUUGUUCCUUUCAUUGUUCGCCCGACUCCCAGCACUACACACGCUAUUGACGCUAAGGUGGCUCUAGUGCUUUCCACGUUCACCUAUCUGGCGUACGCGAAUGAGAAGCUAGGAGAUCCUGGCCGCCCUUCUCUAGUUGAUGUUGGACCGGGGUUUGAUGCAGCCAUGACACCAAAGUCGGAAGACUUUCAUAGAAUGAUCCGGCGACAGGACCUAGGCCUAUCCACGUACGACGUUCAUAGAGACGGAUCAGGGGUUGUAUUUUCAUCAGCUAAAAGGCCUAUUUUGAAUUUCCGCACUGGGUACGUCAUGUGGGCAUUCGACCGGCCACGCGAACUGAGCGCAGAAUCGAUGAUGAUAGGGUUCUUAGAACGAGAGAAGAUUCCUUACGAUGUCCUGACCGACCACGAUCUCCACGUCAAGGGAGUUGACAUGUUGGCACACUACAAUACUGUCUUGACCGGCUGUCAUCCGGAGUAUCCGACGUUACAGUCUUAUGAUGCGUACGAGCAGUACGCGAAGAAAGGCGGCAAUCUCAUGUAUCUCGGGGGUAAUGGAUUCUACUGGGUCACCGGUGUAGAUCCUGCCCGACAGUGGCGGUUAGAGAUCCGGCGGGGUGACCAAGGGGUCCGUACUUACACCCUACCAGGAGGGGAACGUUUCCUAUCGGUCAAUGGCAUGCAAGGCGGCCUCUGGAGGUCGCGGGGUCGUUCCUCCCAUGGCUUAUUCGGUGUCGCAUUUAACGCCGAAGGCACUGGCCCUGGGGUACCAUUCAAGCGUACCGAAGCGAGCUUCAGCCCAGAACUCGCAUGGAUGUUUCAGGGCAUCCCUGCAGGCGACCUUAUUGGUGAACUCGGUCUCGGAGGAGGAGCAAGUGGCGACGAGAUCGACUCGUACGACAUAGCAUGUGGCAGUCCCACGAAUGCGGUCGUAGUAGCCACGAGUACUGGGCAUCCUGACUCUUUCGGUAUCGGGCCUGAGUGCACUAUGUUCCCGAUCCUAAAGACACUUGGCUCGCAGACUAACGAGAUCCGUUCGGACAUAGUGUACUACGAGACAGAUGCGGGGGGGGCCGUGUUUUCUGUGGGAAGUAUCAAUUGGUUCUGCUCUCUCGGCUACGACGACUAUCAAAACAACGUCGCACAACUCACUGGAAAUGUUAUUCGUGAGUUCCUCAGAAGAAGCCAUGAAGGCCAUUGA